UUGUGGGCGUGGCCAGAGCGGGACUAGAAGCCGCGCCUCCUGCCCGCCUGCCGCUGCGAGGCGAGGACCUCCGGGAUUCCUAGAGAGGACUCGGAAGUGCUCUCGGGGGUGGGAUUUAUGGCUUAAGCUUGGACUCGCUUACUUCCGGCGAGGAAGUGUUGAGAGGUGUCGGGUUCCGUGUUGUCAGGGUUUGUUAGAACUCCAUCUUUCCAGCCUGCGUGCUGGGUGUGUGGUCUUUGAGGAGAGUUCCCCGACCUUGGAGACUGGAGUGGGAAGGCCCAGGGCUCUGUGUCCGGCCUGGGGUCUGGCCCCUGACGGUCGGGAGGCUCUGUGAUUUGGGGUCAGGGGCGACGCCGCGAAAUCCAGGUCCGAAUUGGUACCAGCAAACCCAGUAUUUCCUUGGGACUAAUGAAGUUUCCCAUGGAUCUCCUAAGCUUUCGAGGACAGUCAAGAACAUUUUAAAUAUUUCUUCCCCCUUAAUCUGACUUGAGUUUCGCGUUUGGUAGAGAGAAGGAAAUAUUGUCCCGUUAUUUAUACGAAAUAUAUUGUCACCUCUAAAACGGUUGGGACUGAUGUCCGGCUUUUGUGGCUGUUCUUUAUCUUUUUGUAAAAAAAUAGUAUUUCCCUGCUAGUCAUUUUUAAGGGUGGAGUGAUGGCCAUCGUUUUAAGUGACUUUAACUCUUUAGUAUGGAUGACGUCUUUGCCAUCUCUCUUUGCUAACAAUGAUUCUCGGCAUAUCAGUAGGUUAUACACUACUAAAAAGUGACCUUCGAAAGAGCUUAAAGGGCAGAAAAGAAAUUGAGUCAGAGUAACAGCCCAGCUUGGAGAGAUUUCCCUCUGAGUUGGAAUGAUAAUGACAGAGCUCCGGGAAGUUAUAGACUUAGACCCUCCAUCGGAGUCAUCGCAAGAACAAGAGGAUCUUCUAAUAGUAAAGGUGGAAGAAGAAGAAGAAGAUUGCACUUGGAUGCAGGAGUACAAUCCGCCAACGUUUGAGGCUUUUUACCAACGCUUCCGUCACUUUCAGUACCAUGAGGCAUCAGGACCCCGCGAGGCUCUGAGCCAGCUCCGGGUGCUCUGCUGCGAAUGGCUGAGGCCCGAGCUGCACACCAAGGAGCAGAUCCUGGAGCUGCUGGUGUUGGAGCAGUUCCUGACCAUCCUGCCAGAAGAAUUCCAAGCCUGGGUCAGAGAACAUCACCCUGAAAACGGAGAAGAGGCCGUGGCUAUCAUUGAAAGUAUACAGAGAAACCUUGAGGAAUGCAAGGAACAGGUUAUUGUGAGUCCUGAAGCACUUCCUCCGAAGAUGGUACUGCCUGACCCAGUGCAGGAGUCCCUCCCUCACCAGGUCCUGUCCACACACCCCAAGGCUGAGCAAGAGCCACUGAAGCCCCAUCUCCUGGAAGAGAAAGCCCUUCCUGUUCUCCAGGUUCCUCCCCUUCCCCUGAAGGACAGCCAGGAGUUAACAGCCUCACUUCUCUCAGCUGGGUCACAGAAGUUGGUGAAAAUUGAAGAUGUGGCAGAUGUGGCUGUGUCCUUUAUCCUGGAGGAGUGGGGUCAUUUGGAUCCGGCCCAGAAAUCUCUAUAUAGGGAUGGCAAGAAGGACAAUUAUGGGAGGAUUACUUGCAUGGAUUAUGAGUCCAAGGACGCCGUGGAGCUGGUGGUGAAGCAGAUUUCAGAGGAGGCCGAGGAGUCGCACUGGAUGGCUGCGAGCCCAACUGGCGUUGGUCCCCCGGGAGGGGAGGGCGCGGUGCAGAGGUGGCAGGUCAGCGCCCCCGCGGGGAGGUCAAGGCACACUGCUCUCCCGAAGCCCGGCGUUGGCGCUGGCGGCGGGGAGAGAGGCCACCGGUGCAGCGACUGCGGGAAGUUUUUCCUGCAAGCCUCCAACUUCAUUCAGCACCGGCGCAUCCACACCGGCGAGAAGCCGUUCCGGUGCGGCGAGUGCGGGAAGAGCUACAACCAACGCGUGCACCUGACGCAGCACCAGCGCGUGCACACAGGCGAGAAGCCGUACGCGUGCACCGUGUGCGGCAAGGCCUUCCGCGUGAGCUCGCACCUGGUGCAGCACCGCAGCGUGCACAGCCGCGAGCGGCCCCAUGCCUGCGCCCAGUGCGGGAAGCGCUUCGGCCGCCACUCGCACCUCGUGGAGCACCUGAAGCGCCACGCCAGGGAGAAGGCCCAAUGGUGUGGUGACAAGAGAGCCAAGAGCACGAAGCUGAGCGUUAAUAAGAAAAUGGCAGACUUUGCAGCCGCCGACCCAGAACUGUCGGGGAAAAGCCAAAGGGACGCCUCUCAAGUUCAGAGUUUGGGGGAUGGCUGUGACCCCCAAGGCCCAGCGGAGGGGAAGCCGGGACUCCCUAGAAGAGAGCUCCCAGGACAGCCCCCUACCAAGAGGGUGCAUGGCGGCGGCCCCAAGAAGCCGUCCCCAGCCGGAGAGAGGCCCCACAAGUGCAGCGACUGCGGGAAGAGCUUCAUCCAGAGCGCGCACCUCGUGCAACACCGGCGCAUCCACACCGGCGAGAAGCCAUUCCGCUGCGAUGAGUGCGGGAAGAGCUACAACCAGCGCGUGCACCUGACGCAGCACCAGCGCGUGCACACGGGCGAGAAGCCAUAUGCGUGCGCCGCGUGCGGCAAAGCCUUCCGUGUGCGCUCACACCUGGUGCAGCACCAGAGCGUGCACAGUGCCGAGCGGCCCUUCAAGUGCCCCGAGUGCGGCAAGGGCUUCGGCCGGCGCUCCCACCUGGCCGGCCACCUGCGGCUGCACUCGCGCCAGCGGGCCCACCAGUGCCUGGCGUGCGGGGAGGUCUUCUUCCAGUAUGUCAGCCUCCUGGAGCACCAAGUGCUGCACGUGGGCCAGACGCAGGGGGCGCGGGGUCCCGGCGACGAGGCCCUGGCCUGGAACCUCACGGUCAUGGACGAGAAGAAGGUGGAGCUGGAGGCGCAGCCCUACCAGUGCGACGUGUGCGGGAAGGCGUUCCCGCACACACCCGACCUCAUUCAGCACUACCGGACUCACACAGUGGAGAAGGCCCACAGGUGUGCCAUGGGCAGGGACAGCGCCGGCCCGUGCUCCUACUCCAAGCCAGCCCCGAAGGUCUACCUGAGCCCCAAACCCCACCAGUGUCCUGAGUGCGGCCGGGGCUUCGCCCUCAAGUCCCACCUCAGCCAGCACCAGAGAAUCCACACUGGCGAGAAGCCCUUCCAAUGCAAGGAGUGUGGGGCCAGCUUCAGCUGGAGCGGAAGCCUCCUGAAGCACCUGAGAAGCCAUGAGCGGACAGGCCCCCGGAGCCCCUUCAGCAUCUAGGCCAUCCCGCCCUCCCCAUGGACAGGCUGACGCCCACCUGAGAGACCCUGCCUGUGCUCACCAGAAACAAAUUCCUGCUGGCUCUCCCUGGCCCAAGUGCCCUCCCCAAACCACCGAAAGAACCUCGGGGUGGCAGAGGAAGGAAGCCUUCCUGAUGAGACUCGUGGUUUACGUGGAACUCAGAAAACUGACCCAUGGCAAAGCCUCCUGAAUGCAGUAGAAAUAAGCUUUAUUUGUAGUUUCUGCCUUCUUUUUGGACAGUGUCUAUUCAGGGAAGAGCGAAGAGAAGGAAAGAACUUUAGCAUGAUGUUCGAUUGGGCACCUCAGCAAUGAACCUUUUCUAGAAUGCUCCAUUGUUCCCAUCUUGAGUAUUAAACUCUUUGAGAAGAAAUUGA